CACCCGUCUGCGCAAUCGACACGCGCCUGAACACCCACAGCGACCGCCGCUGUUGCCGAGCCACCUCCCACCUCACCCCCUCUCCUCCGCCUGUGCCCCUCUCGUUUCGCCCUCUCAGCGCCAGUUGAUACACGGGCCAGCCAGUCAGCCUCUCUUCAGAACUCUACACGACUUGACGACUCGACCUCGCCACCAUCAUGGACAAGCAGUUGAUCAACACGGUCAACCGGCUCCAGGACGCGUUCGCCCAGAGCGGCCUCUCGAGCGCGCCUAUCGACCUGCCCCAGAUCGCUGUCAUCGGCUCGCAGAGCUCCGGCAAGUCGUCGGUCCUCGAGAACAUUGUCGGUCGCGACUUCUUGCCGCGAGGAACCGGUAUCGUCACUCGUCGUCCUCUCGUCCUCCAGCUCAUCAACCGGCCGGCGGCCCCAAAGGCCAACGGCGAUGCCAAGGAGGAAGGCACGCAGCCGACGUCGGACAAGGCGAGCAACGCUGACGAGUGGGCCGAGUUCCUCCACCGCCCCGGCGAGAAGUUCUUCGACUUCAACAAGGUGCGCGACGAGAUCGUCGCCGACACGGACCUCAAGACGGGCAAGAACGCCGGCAUCUCGCCGCUCCCGAUCGGCCUGCGCAUCUUCUCGCCGCACGUCCUCACCCUCACCCUCGUCGACCUGCCCGGCCUCACCAAGGUGCCCGUCGGCGACCAGCCCCGCGACAUCGAGGUCCAGAUCCGCAACAUGCUCCUCAAGUUCAUCCAGAAGCCCAACUCGAUCAUCCUCGCCGUCACGGCCGCCAACACGGACCUGGCCAACUCGGACGGCCUCCAGCUCGCGCGCGCGGUCGACCCCGAGGGCCUGCGCACGAUCGGCGUCCUCACCAAGGUCGACCUCAUGGACACGGGCACCGACGUCGUCGACAUCCUCGCCGGGCGCAUCAUCCCCCUGCGCCUCGGCUACGUCCCCGUCGUCAACCGCGGUCAGCGCGACAUCGACAACAAGCGCCCGAUCGCGGCCGCCCUCGAGCACGAGCGCGAGUUCUUCGAGAACCACCCGAGCUACCGGUCCAAGGCGUCGUACUGCGGCACGCCGUACCUCACGCGCCGGCUCAACACGAUCCUGAUGCACCACAUCAAGGCGACGCUGCCCGACAUCAAGGCCAAGAUCUCGGCCAACCUCGCCAAGUACGAGGCCGAGCUCGCGUCGCUCGGCGGGCCGCAGGGCGGCACCGACGGCAGCAGCGUCAUCCUCGGCAUCAUCACCGAGUUCUGCGGCGACUUCCGCACCGCCAUCGACGGCAGCUCGUCGGACCUGGCGCUCAACGAGCUGUCGGGCGGCGCGCGCAUCUCGUUCGUCUUCCACGAGCUCUUCUCGAACGGCGUCAAGAGCCUGGACCCGUUCGACCACGUCAAGGACGCCGACAUCCGCACGAUCCUGUACAACUCGUCGGGCUCGUCGCCGGCCCUGUUUGUCGGCACGACGGCGUUCGAGGUCAUCAUCAAGCAGCAGAUCAAGCGCAUCGAGGAGCCGGCGCUCAAGUGCGCGUCGCUCGUCUACGACGAGCUCAUGCGGAUACUCGCGCAGCUCCUCAACAAGAACGCGACGUUCAAGCGGUACCCGGGCCUGCGCGACCGGUUCUACGCCACCGUCCAGGCCUUCUUCCGCAACCGCAUGGUGCCGACCAACAAGCUCGUCCAGGACCUCGUCUCGAUGGAGUCGACCUACAUCAACACGGGCCACCCGGACUUUAUCUCGGGCCACAAGGCCAUGGCCAUCGUGUCGGACCGCAUGGCGGCGGCCAAGCCGCAGCCGGGCGCGGCCGGCCAGUCGGGCGCGGUCGACCCCAAGACGGGCAAGCUCAUCCCGGGCGCGCUCAACAACGGCAAGGACCUCGACGUCGACCUCAAGCAGCGCGAGGAGGGCUUCUUUGGCUCGUUCUGGCCCGGCGGGCGCAAGAACCAGCAGCUGUCGCAGAAGAAGGGCGCGGCCGCCAUGGAGGCGCCGCCGCAGGCGCUGCGGGCGUCCGGCACGCUGUCGGAGCGCGAGAGCAUGGAGACCGAGGUCAUCAAGCUCCUCAUCUCGAGCUACUUUGCCCUGUCCAAGCGCACCCUCAUCGACAUGGUGCCCAAAGCCAUCAUGCUCAACCUCGUCUUCCACGCCAAGGACACGAUGCAGCGCGAGCUCCUCGCCGAGCUGUACAAGACGGACCUGAUCGACGAGAUGCUCAAGGAGUCGGACAGCGUCGUGCAGCGCCGCAAGGAGUGCGUCAAGAUGGUGCAGGCGCUCAACGCGGCCGAGGGCAUCGUCGCGAGCGUCGGCAACUGAGCGGGUGGCGGUGGUGGUCGUCGUUGUCGUUCUCCUCGUCCCCUUGUCCCGGCGUCUCUCCUCCCCCUUGCCCCCCCCAUGUGCCAGUGCGCUGUCUUGCCUCCGUAUCACUCUCUGCCUUCUCCCUCGUUGCAAAUCUCGACAUGUUAGACGUG